AUGAUUUUUCAGGGGAGAAGGAAGGAGAGCGCGGGUUUUCUUGUGGUUUUUAUUGUUCCAUCAAAGGAGACGAUUGAGUUCAAACGAAACCCUCUUCCUUCUUCACCGAGGAAAAAAUCAAGAAUUUGGCUUAGUUCUUUUGCUACUGCUGAAAUGGCUGCCAGAGCAUAUGAUGUAGCUGCAAUUGCCAUUAAAGGUCACUUAGCUUUACUCAAUUUCCCUGAAUUAGCCCAUCAAUUUCCUAAACCAGCUUCCAAAUGUGCUAAAGAUAUUCAAACUGCAGCCACGAAGGCUGCAGCUUUGGAUAUUUCUUCAAGAAAUUGCAUGGAAAAACAGAGUAAAGAUGAGUUAAUGGAAAUGGCAUGUUCUCCUGAUGAAGAAACAGAGUCAACAGAAUCAUCUUUGAGGAGUAAUAAUGAGGACCCUUUUCUUGAUUUGCCUGAUCUUUUACUGGAUCUUACUCAAAAAUUUGAUCAAUUCUAUUACUAUAUUUCAUCGUGGGAUUUGGCUAGAGCUGAAAGCAGUGACUCUAAUUACUGUGAAUUUUGGCCUGAAGAAGAUCUACAUAUGUUGGAUUACAACCAUGAAACUUCACCAGUUGCAACAAUGUAAUUUUUCGAUGAAAGAGAGAAAAACAAAAAAGA